UAAGGGAAACGAUCAAACUUAUUUAACUAGCGUUUUCAAAUCUCGCGCAACAGCGGAUAUUUUGCCUUUACUUUAUCAAUGUAAUUGCAGCGUCUGACACUCGAGAUUUCACGACUGUCGCACGUACCUAGAUCAGUGAUGGAGGAGGGUCUAGGGAACCCUGUGGCUAAGAAGACUAAAGAGGAGUCUGGUAGUGUCCUUCUCACCUACUUCCAAGGAGACAUCAACAGCAUGGUGGAUGAACAUUUCUCCCGUGCUCUGAGUCAAGCAAAUAAACCGAAGGAGGAACGCUCCAAAAUCAAAAGAAACCAUGAAGUUGCUCAAACAAAUGGACUUUCAAGUCAAUGGGAAGCAGAGUCACAAACCAGGUUUCAGCCCUUGUUUCCUCCAGAACAUCUCCGGCAAGGAACAAGCAGCAAGUCUCAAUCCAACCAUCAAAUGCCACCAAAUCACCCUGCAAACAGUGCUAUUCUGUGGUCAGGGGAUUCUAGGCAGGGAUUGAGUGUUGUUCUGCCCCCCAUGAUGUACCCCUCGGCUGUAUCCUCUGAUGGUUUGAUGGUGGCAGAACAUCAGUACUCUAAUUCUCUGUUAAAUUUCCUCCACAACGAUCACCCUGACUUGGGCACAGUGGUGCUACCCUCCUCCAAACAAAACCUUACACCUGGAUGGACCAGGUAUCCUGGAUUUGGCGAUCAGAUGAAUGAUAUGAAUCUUAACUCUGGUGUACAGGGCCUUGGGAAAAUGCAAGGAGAGUAUGAGAUAUCUCUAAAGCCAGAUGUCAAGCCCUUUUCACUGUCAACUCCCCGUCGCAUUCCACUGCCCCUAAUGUCAAAAGUGAAACAGGAAUUGGAACACAUGGAGAAUCAAGGUGUGAUUACCAGAGUGGAACUGACUGGUGCGCAGAAAAAGAAUAUGUGGGCAUGGGGAGAGCCACAACAGAAGGCUUUUGAGAACAUUGAACAAGACUUGAGUACACCACCUGGGCUUGCUCUGUACAACCUGAAAGCGCCCACAGUUGUUUCAGCAGAUGCAUCAUCAUAUGGGCUGGGAGCUGUGUUGCUACAAAUUCAAGGGAAGAACAUUGCGACUGCUGAUGUCCUCUCCAGAGCACCUGGAGAAGAAGGAGACAAACCACAGGGUUGUAACAUCAUUGGUUUUUAA